AUGCGGGCGAGCCAUAGGCACCGUGUUCGGUGUAGCCCUUCAACCUGCCAAGCAGCGAGGGUCAUACGUCCGAAGAUCGUGUGUGCAGCGACAGGCCCAGUCCCUGAUGCGCGCGUCGUGGUUAUCGGCGGCACCGGUCGCGUGGGCUCCUCGACAGCAUCAGCUCUGAUUAAGGAGUUUCCAAACCUUAAGAUAACGCUGGCAAGCAGGAGUGAUGAAUCGUAUCAAGCAGCUGUUUCUCGGCGGCCGGAGCUGUCCCAGGCUGCGUUCCAGCGUGUCGACAUCACCAACGCCGAUUCAGUCAGGGGAUUGCUGAACAGUACGGAUGCUGACCUGGUCAUCCACACUGCGGGGCCUUUCCAGCGCUCCAAGAACUAUGCCGUACUUGAGGCAGCGCUCGACACACGUACCCCCUACAUCGAUGUGUGUGACGACACUCCGUACUCUGAAGGUGCAAAGGCCAAGUAUGCAGAGCGCGCUAAGGCAGAAGGCGUGCCCGCCAUUGUUUCUGGCGGCAUCUACCCGGGAACCUCUAAUGUUAUGGCUGCGCAUAUUAUCUCGAUUGCGCGCCAGGAGUACGACGAAGGGUGGAACUACCGUACACCACCGCCGGGUGAGGGUGUGGAGCCCAAGUGGUUACGCUACAGCUAUUAUACAGCGGGCAGUGGCGGUGCAGGGCCCACCAUCUUGGAGACAAGCUUUCUGCUCGCCGGUGAAGACGUGAUUGUGUACAAGGAUGGCAAGGAGGUUAUUCUACCACCUAUCAGCAACCGGCGGGAGGUCGACUUUGGGCCAGGUGUGGGACGCAAGGGCGUGUACCUGUACAACUUGCCCGAGGUGGUGUCUGGUCACAAGUACAUGCGCGUGCCUGACGUGUCUGCGCGCUUUGGAACUGACCCCUUCAUUUGGAACUGGGCUAUGUGGUUGACGGCGCGCCUGAUUCCCCGCAAGCUGCUGAACGAUCGAGGCUUUGUGAAGCGCUUUGCAGCGUUAUCAGAUCCCUUUGUUCGCAACGUGGAUAAGAUUAUUGGCGAGGCGGUGGCGAUGCGUGUGGAGGUCGACAUGGUCAACGGCAAGAACUCGUCGGGCAUCUUCGUGCACAAGUACCUCAGCCAGUCGAUGGGGUACAGCACCGCAGCCUUUGCACAGAGCGUGCUGCAGGGCAAGACCAAGCCGGGGGUCUGGUAUCCAGAGGAGCCUGAGGCGCUGCAGGACCGGCGACAAUUCCUGCAACUGGCGGCCACGGGCUGUUCGCGCUUUGACCUCAACCGUUCUGCCUGGGCACUGGAGAGCGAAAUUAAGCAAAUCGGCGGGCUCAUCUACUGGUGA